AUGGAGCACGAAAAGCGUGCUGGAGAAAUAUCUCAGCCAAGCACCUCCUGCACAGAGGCGCCCUACUCGAAGGAAGCAGCCUCGCCUCCAAAAACAGUAUCAAGACAUUCUGAUGAGAAACUAGAACCGACAAUCAAUCCCCUCAAUUGGUCGUUGAUAAAAAGAUGGUCGUUAGUGGUCUCUAUAGCUCUGUCGAAUUGCAUUGCAUCCAUGGCAUUUACGGCUUUUGAACCGGCGAUGCCAGUCGUGAUGACUGAGUUCCAUUCCCAGUCCUCUGCUGUGGAGUCCCUUGUGGUCUCGAUAUACAUGAUGGGCUAUAUCGUUGGUCCGCUUCUUGUUGCCCCCGUCUCAGAGCUCUAUGGGCGUGCGAUAGUCUUGCGUGUGGGCUUACCGCUGCUCCUUGUUUCGUUAGCUAGUAGUAGUGCAAGCACUUGUAUCGCUAUGUUUGUUGUCUUUAGAGCCAUCGGUGGCUUUGGACAGAUUGCUUUGCUGUUGAUGGCCAAUGUGUUUGUGGCAGACUUGAUUUCCGUCGAGCAACGUGGAUUAGGAAUGUCAGUCAUUCUCAUGGGACCUGGAAUGCGUUUCCAUAUGAAUGCUGUAACUUUUGCUAAUGUCGGCACAGGUCCAAUCACGAGUGACUAUAUCGCUGAGCAUGUCGAAUGGAGGUGGAUGUUCUGGAUAUGCCUGAUGGCUGCUGGCACGUUUGGUGCGCUGAUAAUCGUGCUGUAUCGCGAAUCAUGCGGAACGAUAGUGAAAGCAAAAUGGCUGGCUGAAAAACAUAUGCCAUACGAAAAAAUCAAUAUCAUCAGACCAUCUCCGGCUAAGAAGAAAGCAGAGCUUCGCACUGUCUUCCAAGAUGCAUAUGGCUUUACUGCAUCACAAAGCGGACUGGCCUAUCUGGGCAUAGCUGUCGGUCUUGUGUUUAGCGAAGUGACUGCAGGAUACUUCUCUGGCCGGUUCGUCCGAGUCAUGAUGUCCAAGAACGGCAGAGAGUCGAAACCCGAGCAUCGUCUGCCAUUGCUGCUCGUCGGAGGUGCAGUGCUGCCAGCUGGAUUUCUCAUCUAUGGCUGGACAGUCGAAUAUCGGACUUAUUUCAUUCUGCCAAUCAUUGGAAGCGCACUGAUCGCCAUGGGGGUCAUGUACAACUACAUGCCGUCACAAAUGUAUCUGGUUGACUGCUUUGCAGUUCAUCCGGUCAGUGCCACCGGAGCCGCGAGUGUCGUUCGGUCAAUCGUCAGUGCUGUCCUGCCUCUAGCUGCGAACCCAAUUUUGCUUGCUUUCAUUGCUUUGCUCAAUGUACCGACAGCGGUGAUAUUGCUACGAUACGGGGAGAUGACACGCACACGCUUUGAGGUUAAGUUGUAAGUCGUUACGGGAAUAGAGUGCUGACCUGUGUGGACGAACGCGAUGUAUCAAUCGACUUGCCUGAGCACAGUCAUGUA